AUUGGUUUUGUGUUUUCUCACGAGUCAAACUAAAAUGAAAUACAAACACCGAGUGGCACGAAGUAAGCAUUAAGCAGGACAGUACAGUUACACUUUGUUUAACUAUCAUGCAGUGAGACUGUACACUGCAGCAUCUCGGUCACUUCAUUAAGACUUACCAAGAUCCGUUAUCAGAUAUAUCUCUCCGAGUCGAUACUGGUAUAACAGAUCGAUUUGAUCUGAGGUGGACGCUGUUUUCUAUCACGAGAGCCGGAAUGAAGCCAUGAAAUAGCAUACCGCUUAUUCGCUAAACUGUUGCUGUAAAAAUGGUGCAGAUUUUUUCCAAGAGGUCUUGCAGUUUCUAAUGGCCCCUUAAUACAUUAGAGGCCGUUUUUGAGGCAGUAUGAAGUUUUACGUUCUUCGCAUCUCAGACAGUAUAUACGAUAAUGCACUUCGGCGUUAAAUCAAAGGAAAGGGACCACGAGCUGGAGGAAUAACACGGAGCCACGAUUGUAAGCUGCUACAAUAAGGCGUGCACUGCCUAAAAAAUUCGAUGUUUGAUUCUAGAUAUCAGUGUGUAUAAUCUUGUCAGAAUUAUUCAGAAUUGCAGACUGAAAAUAUGAACAACAGUACAAAUGGAACCCUGCAAUCGGCUCCUAAAAUCUCCACAGUUCUCCAGACUCUUUUUAUCAUGAUGUAUUCGUGCAUUAUAAUAAUUGCUGUUGGAGGUAAUGGUAUUGUAUGCUAUUUGGUGUAUGCUUAUAAAAGGAUGCGUACCGUCCCAAACUACUUCAUUGUCAAUCUGGCUUUGAGUGAUAUCAUAAUGGCCAUUUUCUGCAUUCCCUUUACGUUCGUGGCUAACCUGAUGUUGAACUAUUGGCCGUUUGGUGAGCUCCUGUGUCCGGCGGUUUGUUACCUCCAGAUUGUGUCCGUGUUUCUGAGUGCUUACACUCUAAUGGCGAUGAGCGUUGACCGCUAUAUCGUCAUUGUGCACCCAUUUAGGAAGAGGAUCACAACGGAGUACGCCCUUUUCAUCAUUUUGAUAAUUUGGAUUUUAUCGCUGUCCAUUCCAAUUCCUACCCUGUUCAAUGCCCGGAUUCAGUAUUACUCUAACACGAGCGGCCAGUGCCUUGAGACAUGGGAGGGUAAUGAUAGGGGGCGCUACGCCUACAGCGUCAUCAUCAUGGUCCUCCAUUAUUUUGCUCCGAUGCUGGUCAUGAUGUUUUGUUACACGACCAUCAGAUAUCACAUCUGGCUGAAACACAACCAAAAGGACGACCAUAAUUCUCGCAGACUUCAGCUUGCUUCCGCUAAACAAAAAAUGAUUCGUAUGAUGGUGACCGUUGUGAUAUUCUACGCCCUGUGUUGGUUACCUUUCCACGUGACUACGCUGGUUGGGGACCAGAAUCCCGAGAUUUACAACCAGAGCUUUAUGCCAGUCCUCUGGCUUCUCUUCCAUUGGCUUGCCAUGAGCAACAGCUGCUACAACCCCAUCAUCUACAUCUGGAUGAGCCCUAAAUUCAGAGCUGGACUCCACUUGGCUUUUUACAAGUGUUGUCGGCGAACACAUUCCAAGUGUGAAUCAGACGAGCAGAUUGACGACAUAGGAAUUAACAAUGGAGUGGUUCUGCGAAUUGAAAUGCAAUCCAUGCAAAAUAAAAAAUCAAAAGAAUGCCGGUAUUUAUCCCACAAGGAGCAAUUACUGUCGGAUAAGUACGACUUACCUGGUAAUAUACACAGUGACACCUGAAAAAUCGCGUAAUUACUGUCCCUAUUCAACUGACAAGUUAUACCUUAAUAAUAUCUGGAGGAAAUGGAUCUAAAUAUAAAUCUGAGGUGGAUUGAUGCAGAAUAACAAGAUGUGAGAACUAUUUCCCUCUUGUAAACGGUUACAUUGAUGGACAGAGCCGUUUGUGUUCAGCCAUGUUAGUUAGACAUUGGUCAGAAUGAGAAUCAAACUGCGGUUAGAAAGUGUCCGGAUAGAUUGGUUCGUGUAAACAUCGGAAUAUACAAAGAAAAUCAAAAUAAAUGUAAAAAUAAA